CCAGCUCUAAAGGGAAAAGGAAUAUUGUGUAAUGGAUUGUGUGUGAAGUGCAGGAUGUGUGUCAGGAUAUAACACCCAGUUGAAAGCAGAAGGACUUCAUUGUUCCUUUCAGCAGUGAAGCUGCGACAGGCUACUCAAAUCCGUGCGCCAGCCAUGUCGUACUUCUUGGACUACGGGAGCUUCGGGGGCUUCGAGGGCUUUAAUUUUACUGACAUACUUGACGAUAACUACACGCUGCCCGACAUUCCCGACGCGCUGACGCCUCAGAUCCAACCGAUCCAGGUCGUGGCUCUGCUCUUCUACGCCCUCGUGUUCCUGCUGGGGGUCCCCGGAAACGCCGUGGUGGUGUGGGUGACGGGGUUCGCCAUGCCCCGCUCCGUCACCUCCCUCUGGUUCCUCAACCUGGCGCUGGCGGACCUGCUGUGCUGCCUCUCCCUCCCUCUGCUCAUGGUCCCCCUGGCCCACGACGACCACUGGCACUUCGGCCCGCUGGCCUGCACGCUGGUCAAGGGCCUGUUCCACCUGGUGAUGUACUGCAGCGUCCUGCAGCUGGUGGUGAUCAGCGCCGAUCGCUGGCUGCUGGUCAGCAGACCCGUCUGGUGCCAGAACCACCGGCGGCACAGGCGCGCCCUCUGGGUUUGCGCCGCCGUGUGGUGCCUGGCCCUGGCGGGCAGCGCCCCCCAGUUCGUCUACACCAGGCAGAUCGACGCGGGCCGCGACAAGCGAGAGUGCGUGACGGCGUACUCCCCUCCGGCCAGCGCCUGGGCGGUCACGUCCUACCGCUUCGCGGCGGGCUUCGUGCUGCCCUUCGCGGUGAUCGUGGCGUGCCACUGGGUGGUGUACGCCAGGGCGGAGAGCGGACUGUCGAGGGGCCGCACGCGCUCCAGGCGCACGCUGAGGGUCGUCGGCGCCGUGGUGCUGAGCUUCUUCCUGUGCCUGCUGCCGCUGCACACCGUGGAUUUCCUCCUGCUGGCGACGCCCCGGAGCUCGCCGCACAGGCCCGGGCUCUACCUGGCGCACGCCUUGGCGCUGUGCCUGGCCUACUUCAACAGCUGCCUCAACCCGCUGCUCUACGUGUGCCUGGGCCGGGGUUUCAAGCAGAGCAUGAACCGCUCCGUGCGCGGCCUGCUGCACUUCAUCAGCGAGGACCCCGCCAGCCGGGUCAGCGCCGCCACCAACGUCACCAAGAGCUCCAGCAACGAAAAGGAGGCGACGAAAAUGUGACGCGGCGGUGGCUUCGAGGGGCCCCCCUCCCAAAGCGCUGGGUGACCUUUCUGACACAACGCCAUGAAAAGAACACAGUUCCACGUGCAGGCCUGCUGUUGCACAAGAGGAGGAGUUUGGAUGAUGCUGUUGACUAAAUGAAGACGUUUUUGUGGUUGACUCAGGAUUGCAAAAUUUGCCCAAGUUGCAAAAUAUCCAGUGAGCACUCAACAGCUGUUUGUAUUCGUACUUUGUUUAGGAGCAAUUCCAAUGUAAACAAUAUGAUUUUUCUAAAUAGUUAUAUGUGAUUAAUACAUUUCUUCUUGUACAAUAGUUACC